GCAUCGCUCCUUGGCUUCCGUAGGCCGCUUGUUUCCCUCUGCGCUCGGGGAUUCUGCGGCCCAGCACAAAUCAUUCAGCUCCUGCGUUGGGGCUAGGAGCCCUGUCGGCUUUUGCUCGCAGUCAUGCCGGCGGUGCUGGGCUUUGAAGGCAGCGCCAACAAGAUUGGUGUGGGUGUGGUGCGGGAUGGCGAGGUGCUGGCGAAUCCGCGGCGCACUUAUGUCACGCCUCCAGGCACAGGAUUCCUACCAGGUGACACUGCCAGGCACCACCGAGCUGUUAUCUUGGACCUGCUGGAGGAGGCUUUAACAGAAUCUGGAUUAAAGCCCCAGGAUAUAGAUUGCAUUGCUUUUACCAAAGGGCCUGGCAUGGGUGCUCCACUGGCUGCUGUGGCUGUUGUUGCUCGUACUGUCGCCCAGCUGUGGAAUAAGCCGUUGCUGGGUGUGAACCACUGCAUAGGCCACAUUGAGAUGGGCCGCCUCAUCACCGGAGCAACCAGCCCCACUGUACUGUAUGUCAGUGGUGGAAACACGCAGGUGAUUGCAUAUUCAGAACAUCGUUACCGCAUCUUUGGGGAAACCAUCGAUAUUGCUGUGGGUAACUGUCUGGAUCGGUUUGCUCGAGUGCUAAAGAUUUCCAAUGACCCGAGUCCAGGCUACAACAUUGAACAGAUGGCAAAGCGAGGCAAGAAGCUGGUUGAACUGCCCUACACUGUAAAGGGGAUGGACGUUUCAUUCUCAGGGAUCCUGUCUUUCAUUGAGGACGUAGCUCAGCGGAUGCUGGCCACAGGCGAGUGCACUCCUGAGGAUCUGUGUUUUUCCCUGCAGGAAACGGUGUUUGCUAUGCUGGUAGAGAUCACAGAGCGAGCCAUGGCCCACUGUGGAUCCCGGGAGGCCCUCAUCGUGGGAGGUGUGGGAUGUAAUGUGCGGCUACAGGAAAUGAUGCAAAUAAUGUGCCAGGAACGUGGAGCCCAGCUAUUUGCCACAGAUGAGAGAUUCUGUAUUGACAAUGGAGCAAUGAUAGCCCAGGCUGGCUGGGAGAUGUUUCAGGCUGGACUUACAACCCCCCUUAGUGAUUCUGGGAUCACCCAGAGGUAUCGGACAGAUGAAGUAGAAGUGACCUGGAGGGAUUAGAAUGUUAGCAGGAUGGGAGCUGAGAGUGCCCUUGGGGGAGCCCAAGGGAUUCUGGGCCUUAACCUCAGUCCUGACAUGGGAAUCUGCUCUUCAUCAGUUGGUUGAUAACCUGACAAUAAAAUAUUUUUUGUA